AUGCCUGACCCAUCGCUAAAGCAUCCGUGUCUUCUCGGUGAGUACCGUACUGCCGUCGGCGCUGAGAAGAGGAGCAGUGCCUCUGGCUGGUGGACCGUAGACAGUCUUGAUCGCGGAGAAGAAACCCUUCCAUUCGUUGCGGUCUGCAUACCCUUGGAUCUCACCGGCGUUGCGAGCCCUCCAGGCCUCCUACCUCUCCUGCACGAGGCGGCGACUACGGCAGAAGGCUGCCCUGUUGUCUUUGGCGAGGCGGCUGGCGUCCGCUUUGUGCAAUCGGUUUUUCUGGACAAGUAA